CUAGGUGUCAAACUAUCGUUGUACCGAUUUUUUACCCAUUUUGUCAUAAAAACUAUCAUACAUCGUUUCUCAGGUCUCAAAUGAUCGUUUUACUGAAUCUAACUCAAAAAGAUUCAAAGAUUUUAGAUUCAUUCGCUAAGAAGAUUUAUACAAACUGUCAUGUCCUAUUUUAUUCUAUAGGGGGUGAAAUAAAUUUAUCAAAUUCUUUUCUUAGGAGAUGCCUACGUCAUAGUAGCUUUAUGCAUGCAAAGUCUCAGCCCAAUCAGUUUAAAAUUUCAUACAAACUUUCAUCCUCAAAUUUGUCUUCUUGGGGGUAGAAUUGAUCAAAAUCUUAUCUUAUGGGAUGCCUUCAUCAAAACAUUUACCUGCAUGCAGAAUUUCAACAUGGUCGAUGCAAAAUUGAUAAAGUUUCGUAUAAACUUUCAUUCCCUAUUUUAUCCCGUUGGGGGAUGGAAAUGAUCAAAAUUUAUCUUAUGGGAUGCCAAACAUUUACCUGCAUGUCAAAAUUCAACCCGAUCAGUGUAACACUGACUAAGUUUCAUACAAACUUUCAUCCCCUAUUUUACCCCAUUGGGGGUGGAUAUUACCAAAAUCAUUUCACAGCGGAUGCCUACGUCAUAACAUCUAUCUGCAUGUCAAAUCUCAACCCGAUCGGUUUAAAAUUGACAAAGUCUCAUACAAACCUUCAUCCCCUAUUUAACCCCCUUGGGGGUGGAAAUUAUCAAAAUCCUUUUACAGCGGAUGCUUACGUAUUAACAUCUAUUUGCAUGCCAAAUUUCAACCCGAUCAGUUUAAAACUGACAAAGUGUCAUACAAACUUUCAUCCCCUUUUUUACCCCCUUGGGGGUGGAAAUUAUCAAAAUCCUUUCUUAGCGGAUGCCUACAUCAUACCAUCUAUCUGUAUGCCAAAUUUUAGCCCAAUCCGUUUCAAUGGCUAAGACGAUUUAUACAAACUCUCAUUCCCUAUUUUAUCCCCUUAGGUGUGGAAUUUAUCAAAAUCCUUUCUAAAGAGAUACCUAUGUCAUAGUAACUUUAUGCAUGCAAAGUUUCAGCCCGAUCAAUUUA